CCGAAAAUGGAGGAAAUGUGUGAAGUCGCUGCUUUGUGUUUUCGCCUGUGUUUUGGCUGCAGCUAGCUAACCUAGCUAAUUUAGCUAGCUUCCAGUGAAUUACUAAUUUAUGCAUACUUUGUGAAAUGCAAUACUGAGCUAGUUUAAUCAUCGGAUAGUACAUUAGAUUCUCAAACGGUGUGUUGGAGUGUCCCUGCAGCCCCGUGUUGAACCGACUGAGCUAACGGAAUAAGACCAUGGUGUUAUGAUUCCAAACGGAGUCCACCUAUCACAGAGGAACAGGUUAAUAUCUUUCAUGUUCGAGUCAAUGACCACUAUGGUGGAAAAGGCUUGAGGACAACUUUAUUCCUACACACCAAAAGUACUUGAAGGAAAACAACCUGGAGGAAAAUCAAGGAAGGAACAAACCACAACAUCUAAAGUUUAGAGGACCACUGGGAAAGGAGAGGACAGGAGUGUGGAGAGGGUGAGUUGGGGAUGGGGUUGAAGAGCCAAAGGAGGACGUCAUGGUUCACAGCGGCUCUGCAUCCCCAAUGACAACAUCAUCCUCUCAUUUAACUGUUCCUGCUUCAGCACCUUCUCUGCAAGGAGCUCCACCUCUGGUGCCUCCACCUGGAGAUACUACCCAUCAAGACCUAACCCAGACUCCUUCCAAACCCCUCCACACAGACCUUUCUUCAAACUCAGAAUCAACACAGCCCUCGACUCUAAUUCCUGCUGAUACCAAGCCCCAUGUUGUAAUCCCAGCAGAAGCACUUACUACCUUUUCAAGCCCAGCGUCAGCCUGCUCCGCUCAACAGACACCUACCGCAUCUCAGGGCUCAGUUAAUGGCCGCACGUCCGGCAGGAAGAGGACCCCUAAAGCCUGUGACUGCUGUGGCCCCAACAGUGCAGGACACAAUGCCCAUACUUCGGGCAGAGGAAGGGGGAGAGGGAGAGGAAGGGGGCUUAGUAGGGACCUCGGGGACACCCCAAAAAGGAAAGUGGAUGGCCAGCUAACAAGGAUAAAGUGUUUUGAUUUGGCCAAGGAGGCAGUUAAGGAAGCAGAGUGUGACCAUGAUCGAUAUGAGAAGGUGCAAAGGACUGUAGUCGUUGCUGAUACUGAGUCAGAAGCUCCUGGUGCUCCACCCGUCACAGUCUCCCUGCAGGAGGGACCAAUAAAGAACUAUGUUGCUCCAGAGAAAAAAGAUGGGCAGAUUAAGGGCGAUGUGUUGAUAGAAGGGUUAGGUGGGAAAGUAGGCAGUUGUAGCAGGGAUGUUGCAAUGCUAGGAAUGGCAGGCAGGGGAAUCCCAUUAGUUAGAGGGAGAGGGACGAGGGGAAGGGCGAUGGCUACGUCUGCAUCAAAAAUGGAAGUAGAUGGUGAAAGAAAGUGGGCAGGUUUAAGUGGUGUUGUCAUUCAUUCAAAAAGCCAUGCAAUAUCUCCAGUCGUUUCAAUGCAGAAGCAGGGUCAAAACAAUGAUUCAGAUAUUGUACAUGGAGAGCAAACUUGCCCCAGCUCAGUUAAUUCUCCCAUUGCAAAUGGAGACACUGUAAACCUGAGUGACACUGAGGAGGAGACGAAAGAGGGUAACGUGAUGACGAGUGUAACGAAAAAUGGACUUGUAUCUAUCUCACUGCUGUGCAGUCCAGGUUCAAUGUCAGGGUCUCCCAAGGACCUGGACUCUGAGAUGCAGGUGGACAAGACACCUGACAGAACUGUACCAGUAACUCGGUCCAAUGGAAAAGAAGACGCUUCACCAACAAAUGACCACUGCUCCACACUCAUGGAGGUGGAUGCUUCUCACCCAACUCCGGUUGCUCCUUCGUUCCAGGGACCAAUCACAGUGUGCAGCAUGCAGCACAGCUGGGCAUUAAGAGACCACCGGCUGUACUGUAACUCUGAAACCUGGGACAGGGCGGGGGUGGAGGAGGUGUGGGGCAAAGAACCCUCAGAAGGAACCAAUGGACAAGUGAUAGAUGGAGAGAGGAAGAAUAAAGAAAGCCUGGAGCAGCUUACGGAUAUGAUCCACGAGUUUCUGGAGAGCUUUUACAUGAAGUAUGGAAGUUUUAAUCCUCUAAGUGAGAAUGAUGUCCUGGAACACCUGAAGAAGAAAGGCAACACUCACCUCAGCAACCGGGGCCUGGACAUCAAAAGGGAGAUGACUCGGUACAGGGCGGGGCUGGCCUCUGCUCCUAUCGCAGGCUUCAUGUUGUCGUAUAACAAACACACCCUGGGCUUGGAGGACCUCAGCACACUGGAGGAACAAAACUGGCUCAAUGACCAGAUCAUCAACAUGUAUGGAGAACUCAUCAUGGAGGCAACACAACACAAGGUUCAUUUUUUCAACAGCUUUUUCCACAAGCAGCUUGUUGCCAAGGGUUACGAGGGUGUGAAGAGAUGGACUAAAAAAGUUGACCUGUUCUCCAAGUGGCUGCUGCUCUUCCCCAUCCAUUUAGAAAUCCACUGGUCUCUCAUUACGGUCACCAUGGCAACCAAAACCAUCAGCUACUACGACAGCCAAGGCAUCGUCUUCAGACACACCACAGAUAACAUAAUGAAGUACCUUCAGUCUGAAGCCAGAGAGAAGCAGCAGACAGCUUUCCAGAAAGGCUGGAAGAUUACCAUCAUCAAGGGCAUUCCUCAGCAGAGAAACGACAGCGACUGUGGAGUCUUCGUCCUCGAGUACUGCCGCUGUCUCUCGGUGAGGCAGCCUCUGCUCUUCAGUCAGGAGGACAUGCCGCGCAUACGCAAGAGAAUCCACAAGGAGCUGUGUGACUGUCGCCUUAACGAUUGAUCGAGUGAUAGACAGUCUCCUUCACUCACUGGCUGCUCGCCUGGUCACAUGGGACAGUCUGUCCAAGUGUGUCUUUGACAGCCUGUUACAUAACCGCUAACACAACCGACCUUCUGUACUCCAGGGAGCCCUGACUGACAGCUGACGGCUGCUCAUUGGGUUCAAAAACAUUCUGUAGCUAAGCAGAUUUUUACUUGCAAAGAACUACUGACGUGGCCCCCUACUGACCACCAGACAUGCUGGACCUGUGCCCAUCAGGUUGUUUUUAUGUUUUGACAUUUUCCUUUCCGAGUUCCUUUGGCAGUGGAUUUCAACCGAAUGCACCCAGCAGAGGACUGACUGAGGACAGAGGCGUUGGACCAGCCCGGACCAACGGGAGCUUCCAUCCCUAAAGGAGUGGCCUUUUCUCUCAGAUGGCCAUUUUAACCCGACUGACAUUUUUAACUGUUUCAUGCUGAACUUUAUGGUAGUACCAUACUUACAGUUAUGUGUUUUUUCUAACAUGUUGAAUUAAGUUAGGAUGUUUUGAUUCAGUGGACCAACCGUUCACUAAAAACUUGAAGGUUUAAGUUGGUUUCGUUACAGAUAUUUGCACGGUUAGAGGCCUAUCCAUUGAAGACUCUAUAACACCAACUGAAUGUACUGAUCCUGUAUUCUUCCUGGUUGCCUCAAAGGGUGGAGCUCCAUACAGGCUAAUAGCACAUGUUGGCUUGAUACAGGGAUAUCAUUUUGCAAGGUUGUUUUCAGGUUUUUGACACCGUACUAGCAAUAGUUUCUUAUUAAAUUCCAGUUUUUCCACAACAUUAUUUCUUGCUUUUUCAUUUUGCUGUGAUCACAGUUUUGCUCAAGCUUUUCCCUGCAUCGGUUUUACUUUUUAAAUCCACCAGUUUUAGUUAAAAACAGUUUCUCAUGCUGGUUAGAAGAGCUGUACUGCUAGCUGCUGAUGUUGACUUUAUAUUGCUGAGGCCUCGUGCUUCACAUGGACACAUUAACACAGGUUAAGUGUGUGUGAGUGGCCUCUUAACAGAGAAACAAGUGGACCUCAGUUAUUUUAAAUGUAAUCUUCUGUUCAGCCUAGAGUCUUUUGUUAUAUUCAGUUAUAUUUGUCAUGCGUAUUUGCAGAUUGUAUUGUACUCUUACAGCUCUACUACUGUACAUGCUUGCUUUGACUAAAACCCACGAUUGUUUCUGGGCUGUUUUUAUUGUUGAUAUUAAAAGGCAGACUUACUAGAUAAUCUCAUCACUGCAUCAAAAUCUAAAUUGAGUUUAUCUUUCCCCCUGAGGGAAAAAAAUCUAUUAUCAUUAUAACAUCUCAGCUGUCGUUGAUGAAAACCCCUGAAGUAUCUAUUUGAUGAAAAUGAUUAAAGAUCCAUGUACUUUU